AUGUCUGCCCAACAAGAAGCCACUUUCACACAUAACCAAUUUGUUGAUCCUACUCCUCUUCCUGAAUCAGUUCCUAAGGUGGAAGAAGUUGGUCUCACAUCAGCACCUUUAAAAAGUGCCUCUUUCUUUAUUGGCGAGUACUGCAGAGAAUACAAUGAUGAUUUCAUGCUCUGCAAGAACGAAAACAACGAUCCUAAGCAUUGUCUUGCUGAGGGUAGAAAGGUUACUCGUUGUGCUAUUGACUUAAUCACCAAGCUUAGAAACAACUGUGGAAAGGAAUUUGAAGCACACUGGAGAUGUUUAGAGAACAACAACCAAGAUUUAUUCGCUUGUCGUACUCCCGAAACUGCCAUGAACACAUGUGUUUUCGAGAAAUUGGGUUUGAAGAAGAGAAUUCCUGGUUCUCCAGAAGGCCAAGCUCAAAUUCAUGAAAAGAAGAACCCUGUCAUGACAAAGCACUUGAAAUAG